AUGAAAAAAUUUUUCAGGAAUCUCAGAAAAACCACAAGUUCAGACGGCGAUCUUUCCACCACCUCUCGAAAUAGAUCAAAUUCAUCCUUAUCAGAUCAUUCAACGUUUCAGCGCCCACCAUUAAGAAAUAAUUACUCAUGGAAAGAAAGAACGAAUUAUCAUAGUAAUCAAAUAGAACAAGCCAAUAUUCCAAAUGACUAUGAUUACGCAAUGAACUUACAGCGAAUGUAUGAUCAAGAAAGUGAUAAUCCUGUUCUUGUUAAAAUUGUUUCUUCACAAGUUAAUGAAGAAGAAGAUAGAAAUAUUGCUAUUGAAUUACAGCGACAAUUAAAUGAAGAUAUAUAUUCACAUUCACCUAUACCUGAAGAUAAUAUUAUACCUAAUAGAAAUUACGAAGAUAACGUUCCUAUUGAAGAAUAUGAUGAAGAUAUUAAUUCAGGCGAAGAAAUAUUAACUACACUCGGAAUAUCUCCAGGAGAAAUUUAUUCUCAAGACCUGGAAGGAAUUAUUCAUGAAUUUAAUGAAACUCUAAGUCUGAAAUUUCCUGGAGCUACAAGGAAAAAUAUUGAAAUUUCUUCAAGGAAUCCAUAUAUCAUGUUCACAGAAUUUACUGAUGCCAUCAAACAAUUCAAAGAGAUUGAUUUUAUAUUAAGACCAAAAAUAACUUUCAAAAAUGAACCAGCGAUAGAUGCAAGUGGUGUAUUUAAUGAUACAAUACGACAAAUUUUGGAAACGUUCAUGUCAUUAGAAAAUCCUGAAUAUGGUGGUGAUGGUCAUCUCUUCAUCGGUGAUUCUACAAAAAUUAUUAGUAACACGGCUCCUGUUGAUUUUAUGGAUGAACUUGAUGUGUUUGGAGAUAUCUUAUUUUUGGCAAUAAUUCACGAUUCUCCAUUUCCCACUGAUCUAGAUAUUGUUAUUUUUAAAUACUGUUUAGAUUUGAAAAGCAAUAUAUCAUUAGAUGAUUUGAAAAGAAUUAACGUACAAAAAUAUAAUAUGGCUAAAGAAAUAUUAAAUUUAAAACGAAAUCUAAGUUUAUCCACUGUAGUUGGAUUUGAUGAAUGGGCCGAAGAGAAAGAAAUUACGCCAAUACAAAAACAAGUUUAUUCUAGAUCAAAAGAUAACCUAAAGAAAUUAACAAAACUAAUAUGUGAGGAUGUAUUGAUUAACACUCGAAUUAAUCAACUUGAAGCUAUAAAAAAGAAAUUAAACAAGUUUGGAUUUUUCGAUAUCUUAAAAGCGAAACAAGUCAAAAUCGAACAAAUUAAAGGAUACAUGUAUCAGGAAGUGAUGUCACCUGAUGAUAUUAUUCAAAAAUUGGUGGUUAAUCCUAAUUUAAGUCAAAAACAAAAAAAAGUUUUAAAUUGGCUUAUUGCGUGGCUAAGAGAACAAAGGAAAGAAGAAUUACAAGAAUUUUGUAGAUUAGUCACGGGAUUUACACAUCCUAGAAAUGAAAUAAGUGUAGCUUUUAAAUCAACAUUUCAUCAAGAAAGCCGAGAACUUCAAUUGACACCCAAAUUUGCAACGUGUUUUCAUGAAAUAACUCUCGCUGAAACUUUUUCAUCAAAGCAAGAAUUAUCCGCAGUUAUGAAUUCUCAAGUCAAUAAAACAAUUCAUGAUGAUAGAUUCACUAUUGCAUAA